CUCUCUCACUCACUCACAUACAAGUUUAUACACACCUGAGCACACGCCACGCCACGCCAUCCCAUUCCAACCAGCCUAAAGCUGCACUGAAUCUUGCACUAGUCGUCCUCCUCUCUUCACAAACAUGGUCCUCACAAUCUACUUCAGCAGUGUCAGUGGAUCCAGGGAGCUGAAGCAGCAGCAGUCGGAGAUCUUCCAGUAUCUGGACGCCAAGCAGAUCAUGUACAAGGCCGUGGACAUCACGCAGGACACCAGCAUCAAGGACGAGAUGAGGAAGCGUGUGGGCAACCCCACCGCCAUGCCCCCACAGGUCUUCAACGGGGAUGCCUACUGCGGGGAUUACCCGCUGUUCUUUGAGGCUGUAGAGGAUGGCAAAGCAGAGGUCUUCUUCAAACUCUAAUUAUGAGUAGUACAGUGUACUCUGAUGUGCAAUAUAUUUUGUUGUUUGAUAAAUAAACUGUUUGCCUCUGAA